CCGGUCCUCCCUUUUCCUGUAGGUGGGGUUUCCAUAGGACGUCGGCUGCUCCAUCCCCGGCCCGGCCAGCCGGCCGGUGGCUGCUCCUGGGACRGUCCCUCUCUCCGGGCUGUCCCGGCCCGGGCAGAGCCGGCUCCCGCGCUGUUCCCCGGUGAUGGCAGCGCGGGGGACAGCCACCAGCUCUGCUUGUGACUGCCCCUCCUUUGCAAGCGCUGGCUGGUGCCCGCGGGACCCGGAGAUGGCAGAGGCGCUGCUGUGGCCGUGAGGACGCUCUGGGGAUGCGGUGGCCGGCGGGACAGCCCGGGGCAGCGCGGCGGGGCCGCGGCGGCUCUGCCGGUGCCAUGCUGGGGCUGCGGCGCUCGGCGCUGCAGCUGCCGGCGCUCUGGUGGUGGUACCUGUUCCUGUGCGCCGACGCCCAGGAGGUGGCCACGUUCACCGUGAGGUACCGGGUGCUGGAGGAGGUGCCCCCGGGAACCAUCAUCGGGAGCCUGGCCGAGCACUUGGAGGGGGCCGAGAGCGGCGAGGCGGCAGAGGCGUUCCAGCUGAUGGAGACYCCCAGCAGGUUCCCGCUGCGUGUGGGGAGCGGCGACGGGGUGCUCAGCACGGCCGGGCGGGUGGACAGGGAGCAGCUGUGCCGGCACAGCGAUCCCUGCUGGGUGUCCUUCGACGUGCUGGCCGCCCAGAACCUGGCCCUGAUCCACGUGGAGGUGCAGGUGAUGGAYGUCAAUGACAACGCGCCGCGGUUCCCCACGCCCGAGCUGGAGCUGGAGAUGUCGGAGAGCGCGUCCCURAGGACGCGGAUCCCUCUGGAUCGAGCCCUGGAUGCUGAUGCUGGCCCCAACGCCCGCUGCUCCUAUGCCCUCUCCCCCAGUGAGCACUUUGCUCUGGAGGUCGUCUCCAGCUCUGAUGGGACAGGGCAUGUGGAGCUCGUUGUGGUGAAGGAGGUGGACCGGGAGCUGCACUCCUCCUUUGACCUGGUGCUGACAGCCACUGAUCAUGGGGAGCCCCCAAAAUCAGGUACGGCUUUGAUUAAAGUCAUUGUCCUCGACUCCAACGACAACAGCCCCGUCUUUGCAGAGAGCUCCCUGACGGUGGAGGUCCAGGAGGACACUCUGCCUGGGACCCUCCUGGUGACAGUCACGGCCACUGACCCCGACCAGGGUCCCAACGGGGAGAUCGAGUACAGCCUGGGCAGGCACGCUCCCCCUGAGGUGCUGAGCACCUUCAGCAUCGAYGCCCGCACAGGCAGCAUCUUCCUGCAGCUCCCUCUGGACUAUGAGGACACCCAAGCCUACGAGCUCGACGUGCAGGCGCGGGACCUGGGCGCCAACCCCAUCCCGGCGCACUGCAAGGUCCUGGUCAAGGUCCUGGAUGUCAAUGACAACGCUCCCGACGUCCACGUCACCUGGGCCGCGCGGGUGCCUGUGCUCUCCGAGGCCCUCCCCAAGGACAGCUUUGUGGCCUUGGUGACAGCCAGCGACCCCGACUCGGGCAGCAACGGGCAAGUGCUCUGCUCCCUCAGCCAAGGGGACGAGCACUUCAGGCUCAAGAGGACCAACAGCCACAGCUUUGCACUGCUGACCAAYGCGGCGCUGGACCGCGAGCUGCGCCCUGAGUACAACCUGACMCUGGUGGUGCGGGACAUGGGGGAGCUGUCCCUGGCCGUGCUGAAGCACCUCACCAUCUGCAUCAGCGAUGUCAAUGACAACGCUCCCGCCUUCGACAAGGCCACCUAUGAGGCUGCUGUGGCUGAGAACAGCAAAGCCCCUGCCUUCCUGCUCACCGUCCGUGCCACCGACCCCGACCUGGGCUUCAACGGGAAAGUCACCUACAGGAUCCUGGACCCCUCUGCUUUGGGGCUGGUCUCAGUCCACCCCAUCACCGGGGAUGUUUUUGCCUUGCAAGCUUUUGAUUACGAGCAGGUGAGGAGCCUGGAGUUCCUGGUGACGGCGGAGGAYGGAGGGCAUCCCAAGCUGGCAUCCAACACUUCCAUCAGACUGGCUGUGCUCGACAGGAAUGACAAUGCGCCCAUCAUCACUGCGCCAGCRCUGCUGGGAGGGGUGGCCACGCUCUCUGUCCUGGUCAAUGCAGAGACCGGGUGCUUCUGGGUGGUGCCUGGUAAUGGGAGCACCCAGGGGGCUGCAGCAGUGACCAAUUCCACACCCGGGUCGUGCCCUGGCGCUCCCUUCCUCUUCACCAUCGUGGCCAGGGAUAUGGACUCUGGCARCAAUGGGGCUCUCCGGUAUGAUCUGGUGGGCGGGGACGAUGCUGGACUGUUCAUCCUGGACCCUGUCCUUGGGCAGGUGUCCCUCAACACCAGCAACGCCAGCAGCCUGGCCGGGAGCCAGCGGGAGCUGCUGGUCCGGGUGAGUGACCAGGGCGACACUCCCCUGCACASCCUGGCCCGGCUCCGCUUGGUGUUCCGGCGCCGCGGGGCCUUCUCCAAAAUGUCAGGGCAGGGUCCGGGCUGGCCCAGCCUGUCCGUGGUGGUGCCCAUCUGCCUGGCCGCGCUGCUGGCCGCGUCCCUGCUGCUGCUGGCUCUCACCCUGUCGCUGCGGAGCAGGGACAAGAAGGACGGCAUGGCCUACAACUGCCGGGAGGCGGAGGAUGCCCGKCGGCAGCAGCAGCUCAAGAAGCCGCCGCGGCAGAUCCAGAAGGCCGAUAUCCACCUGGUGCCGCUGCUCCGGGGCCGCCCCCGGGAGCCUGAGCCCGAACCCCCCCGGCCCGGCCCGGAGGAGCUGCCCGGCACGGCCACCCCCGUGUCCGGAGGGUCCCCGCAGGCUCCCCUGCACCUCACCCCCACCCUCUACCGGACCCUGAGAAAUCAGAGGACACAAAAGGACUCGGAGGAGCAGCAGGGUGCCCUGGAGCUGCCCAUCCUGCAGCGCCGGCCCUGCCAGCCUCACAGACCCAAACACUCGGUGAAGGAGGCUCUGGGCUCCCCGGAGGCACCGCUGCACGGCAAGAGCUUGGUGAAGCCCCCCGUGGGAGAUGCCCGGGUGCCCCCCGAGCAGCCCGGGGGUGCUGGGGGAGCGGGGCAGCCCCAGCCCCACCAGCAGAUCCUCAGAAGCCUGGUGCGGCUGUCGCUGGUGGCGCUGGCGGAGCAGRGCCCCACCGGGGAGUUCGCCAUGGAGUCGCCCCCGGUGCAGCAAAUCUCGCAGCUGCUCUCCCUGCUGCACCAGGGCCAGUUCCAGCCCAAAACAAACUACAGGGGAAACAAGUACACGGCCAAGAACGGCAGCAGGGCUGCAGGACUGGAUACAGGUCUGGACACAGGGCUGGACACAGGGCUGGACACUGGGAUGGACACGGGGCUGGACACUGGGAUGGACACAGACUGCCUGAGCACCAAGGACAGCGGGCACGGCGAGAGCGAGGCCGGCGACCGUGACUGCGACAGCGCCUUCGAGCUCUCGGUGCAGCAGCUGGUGGGAGAGGAGCUGGAGACCCUCCURGAGCCACAGGCAGAGCUGGCCCUCAAGAGGCUGACAGCAGCAGACCCAGCGUGGAUGGCCCGGCUGUCCCUGCCCCUCACCGGCAGCUACAAGGACAACAUCUUCUCCCCUGACUCCCCGCAUUCCCCCGAGGAUGAAGAAGCUGCAAGGCAGGAGCAACCAAGGACCUUUGAAACCUUUGGCAAAGGUGCUGGGGCUGACCCCGGUGGCAGUGGGACAAGGCUGGCCAGCACCUUCCUGUCGGAGAUGAGCAGCCUGUUUGAAAUGAUCCUGUCACAGAAGGUGCAGGUGCACAGCGAGGCGGGCACGGGGCUCCUGCGGCAGCUGUCGGCCCGAGGGCAGGGCCUGGCACUGGGGGACACUGCCCCACACCUGUAGGAGCUCGGUGGAAGUGGCAGGAACACAACAGACACAGUUUUGGGGUGCCCAUCCCUAUCCCAAACCCCAGCAGGGUCACUGUAUGACCCAUCCAGACAGGUAUUUCUUCCUUUGCCUUGCCCCAUCACAUUUCCCCAGGACUGAUUCCACUGUGUUUAGUUCCCCUCUCCCUGCCUGUCCUUGCCUGCCUCCUGGCCCCCCCUGCUCUGCCAGCCUCCCAUCCCGUCCCGUCCCGUCCCGUCCCGUCCCGUCCCAUCCCAUCCCAUCCCAUCCCAUCCCAUCCCACCCAGCAGCAGGAGGACCCUUCCCCCCAGGAAAGGCUGAGGGCAGGGGUUUGUGAGAGCAACCACAGCCCAGUGAGACACAUCCACGUGAUCACAGACUGUGAAAAUACCUGUCAUGGAUGUGGCUGCACUUGGGCUCCAGGGUUUCAGUUAUUUAAAUAAAACUGUUUUUUUCUAACACUA